GGUGACGCAAUAAGCCACCCUCCGUGACGGAACGCAGCUCUCGGAACCGAGAGCACCUCCCAGCAGCAAUAGCAGAGCACAUUUGGUCACACGUUCAAGGUAUUCAAGCCACCCGAUUGGCCGGUGUGAAUGUUGUUACGUUGGCUCGUUCGCAGUUGGUCGGGGUCAGUCAGUUAGGUAAACGGCGCGACCAAAACACGUGUGGCAGUGGACGACGGUGGCGCAGAUCGGACUACGCAUUCACUAUUUAUUUACAUACUCGAAAGCCAGAAUUUCUAUAGCAGGUUUCGUUGAACCAUGAAGAAACAAAAAGAGAACCUCAUGCGCAUGGAAAAGGUGGAGAACCCGGUGGAUGUGUGUGAUUUGUUAUUGGGCUAUGUGCACAAUUUCCCGUUACCCAAGGAAGUCCGAGCCAGAGUGAAUUUGGAUGAUCUAAAACACUCCGACCUGGAUACUAAUCACUUAAGGCUUGUGAACAAGCCAACAUGUUACUUUGGGGAUCAGACAUCAGAUUCGACAUUACCAAAUGGCGUCCUUGAUGUGACAUUAGACCAGAAACGGAAGAAAGAUGUGAAAAGCAACAUACUCUUCUCAUCCGUGUUCACCAACAAUACUACUGAGGUGCAAACCAAUCAUCUGCGCACCGAACGUCGUACCGCUUCCUCGUGUCGAAUCAGUCUGACGAAGGCUGUGACCAAGGAGGGGAGUUUCAGUCUGCAAAUUUCACCUCCAUGCGCCAUGAUUCAAGCUAACGGAGGUUUCCGCCGCGAGGUUCAAAUGGCACGGGAGCGCGAAAAGGUAUUUGAAGAAGAAUUGGUAUGGUCGUUAGACACCGAGGUGGUCGUUCCUCCUGGCUACCGUACUAAAGCCGAUCUGGUCAUCGCUGAAGAUGAAUAUGAUGGCAAAUUCAGAGUGGAAACUAUCUUCGAAGGUGUGGUUACCAUACGGCUAAGGGACAAGCGUGAUGGAUCAGUGAUAUACACUUUGGUUGUCAACGAUCUAUCCAAGGCGCUCACUACAGAACACGGGUUCCAUCCGGUGCCCAACCAGCCGGGAGCUGUGGUCUUCACAAACGAGGGCUAUUGUCACUGCCACUACGGAAUCAGUCAGCGCGUGGAGUUGCAUCAAGAAAAACUCUAAGCGUUGCUCCCUGCUUUCCAUUGAACAUUUUCCGGAUCCACUGCAUUUUAAUUUACUUUGAUGGAACAUAUUUACCAGUCUUGACUGAAUGAUGGACAAUCAUCGGAAUAUUUUUUAAUAUUGAGCAUGAGUUAUAUGAAUGUGCAAAAGUAUUGAUCUUUUUCCACAUAGCACAUUAAUUUACGGCAAGUCGAUUAAGGAAGCGCGUUGUCUACAGUUUUCAAGACCUAUGUAUGAACGGCAUAUUUUUACUCGUUUUGAUUAAUAAACAGAAGAGUUUGCUUUCAACGUUCCACCAUC